CUUGCCUGUGAUCGCUUGCUCAAGUAAGUAGGUAAAUGUUUGAUCCAUUGAAUAAGAACGAGCCUAUCACUUCAGACAAAUGAUAUAGGUAUUUGACAUAGUUGCUUCGUCUCACUUGUAAGAAGUCAAACUGAGGAGUCGUUCAACUCAACAACAAGAGUUUAUCCAUUGUACUUGUAGCUUCACCUCCACAUCUACAACUUUCGUCUCUUCCCUCUCCGACGAGGAAAAAUGUCUCUUGCUGCUGCUGUUUCCAUGAAGGGGAAAACGAAGGAGAAAGGAAAGCAGUCUAGUCUUCGGCGGUCGAACAACACGCUCAAGGAUGUUUUCGGCUCGCGGGGGGACAAGAUCCUAUUACCUGCGAUGGAUAAUCGCGUUAUGAUCGGUGAUGUAGUCUUCGGAAUACGAAUAUUCUGUCUGAUUCCCAAUUAAAAUAUGUGUAGACAAGGCGGCACGCGUCGAUGUCAGGGAGUAACUAGUACUUGUAGUUAGGAACAUGUGGAUCAGGAAAGAAGAUAAUUGCCUACACACAAGGACAUCUACUCUCGCGCCUCUCUAAUGAAAACGACGAGGCUGAAAAUGUCCGACCUUUACCGGCCAACAAGAACAUACCUGAAGGGAAGAAGUGUCCAGUCAAUCGCGACUACUCCAUGGAGCAGCUACGAAGCGUGGGAUACAGAUGGUUACUUUUGUUUCUAAUUGCGCUGCACAUGCCUAACAUGAUGCUUCGUCCGGAAACGCAUCUAGUAUCCUUUCUCCUAUCGGGACAACAGCGAAUCGCCUCCAUAAUCCAUCUUAAUGACCACAGGUUCGACCACUACGACCCAUUUCUGGGUGGCGUUAUGAUGAUGGAAGAAGGAGGUCGAGUCCGUGAGGAUGCGAAAGCGAUUGCAAAGCUUCACUACGAUGACAGUCGAGAAUUCAUCCUAGCCCAUGCUGCGCCCGUUCGCACGAAGAAGGAGGAAAAGACCGUGACCGAUGCAGACGAACUAGCCGCCCAACUAGCUCAGGUUGGUGCACCAGAGAGUGAGAGCGCUCCAGGAUCCCCAGGUUCGACAGGAAGGUCAUCGGCACAGAAGAGAUUUAAGGAAUCUGCGCAAAAGAGUACCACGUUAAACUCGCUGGCGAAGGUAGCAGUGGCCGUAGUCGGUCGCCCUGGUUUCAGACCGCCCUUUACCGAAAAGAAGAAAAAAAAGCCGAGAAAAGACAACACCCGCUUCAACUUGCAAGAACAUAGGGUACCUUAUAAUUUAUUUGUUACUCAAUUUAAGACAUCAACACAGGGACUACGAAUUUGAUGUACAUUCUCAAUGCGAAAAAGUGGGUAACGGUAUGGCUUUCUCUACUUGUCCUGAAAGUAUAGUAGAUCAUACUGAUUUACAUUUACCUUGCAUGCGACUGAACUGUGGCACCAAAUGAGACUCACAUAACAGAGUGACACAAGAAUUUCUCGAUCCCAAAAAUUAGGCGAUGGACUCGAACUGGGAUCCUGACGAUGCACUGGAUGAAGUCCUCGAAGGCAUGGAACCGCCACUCGACGUCCCCAAGAAACAUAUAAAAGGUGUGGAUUCGAAGACAUUCGAACUGCAAAAUAUGAACACUGAAGAGUUUCAGGAUGCUCAAGGAGAAGUCGCUGCAGAGGUACAUAUUUGAUAAGCGAUUUCUAAGUAUUUCGUUUGUCACACUCGGCAUCGUCAGAGUAAAAGGCAUGACUGCUACUUGAUGAUCCUGAUCCACUGUAGUCGCUUCAGCUGCACCUACUUCUGUUUAUUAACGGGGUUAAUAAAUCUAAUCUUUCCACCAGACCGAGAAAACUAAUAAUAUGCUGACUUCCAAACGAGGAAGCAAGAAUGGGAGCAGCAGCGCGCGUCCAGUGUCAGCGCAAAGCGGGGAAAAUAGUCGAGACUGGAGAGACCUGAUGCCGUCAACACAAUCCUACAGGAAGGAGCUUGCGGAAGGAGUACUCCAUAAAUUCUGUUCAGCCGAAUUUGUCGAAUACGGGUGGUUUAUUUUGUAGGAGUGUCUAUAGGUUGGCUUUCAAAUCAGUAGAUCAAAACACAGAUCUCGACAAAAGUUGAAGUCUUUCAUCGCGUAACCGCAUUUACGUUGUCCUUCAACCUGACUCCUACUUCAGCUUGCGCACCAAGCGCAAGUGCAGGAAGCGCUGCAGAAGCGGUUGCAAAUGGAAGUGGUCGAUGAGGAAGGCAAUCUGGUUGUAGGUCCGCGAGAGGGUGACAAGUCUGCAGCUCGAUUGGCGACAGAACCCGCAUUAGAUGUUGACGAUUAUGCCCGACGCAAGGCCCAGGGCCUUCGUGAAGACUACAAGAAGAUUGAGAACGAGCCAGUAUCUUGGACGUUACAGUUAUCUGGGGCUGAUAUUUCGCGGGCAGACCAAGUGCGCCUAGCCCGUAUGUCCGAAGAUAUGCAAGAGGAGUGGCAACGUCGGUACCGCCGUCCAGUCUCUGCGCCUGUGCUACGACGCGAGAAAACCGUCGCAGAGUUAGAGGAGACUGCGAACAACAGUUCCAACUCGUCCUUUGCAGGCAAAAUGAAGCACAGCGUGGACCCGCGAGACGAAUGGUUGGAUGCACGUACACGAAUGAUAGUACUGAAGAAAACCGGCGCUGGCGGAGGGGAGGGCGAUGCAAGUUAAGGCUUUUGUCUUCCUCAUGUGAUAGUGAUGGGUAAGCAAAAUAGUACUCGUAUAUGCUCGCGACUCACAACGUAACGGUACUAGAGCAGUUGCUUAUUUUCUUGUGGUAAAAAAACUUCCUUUAGACCUCAUCUUGUUGAUAGCCGAUUCCGAGUGACGCUAGAUUUGGGUCUAAUAACUCAAGACAGAGAAGCCACGUAAAAGGGGUCGAAGCAUCGAAGAGGCGCGAGAGCUUCUUGCGCAUAUCCGCGACGAUAGCAAUGUCGGACACUUGCUUUUGCAGUUUCGCAACGAGGAGAACUCCCGGAUCGCGGAACAAAAUCAACGGGAAGAGCAAAGGGUAGCCUUGGAUAUCGCAGAACAGGUCCUACCACGUAACUUCUAUCCUGUUGACUACGCUGAGGUGCAGCGCAGUCGGACGUUGGCCGAGCAACGACCUCCACAACUGGAGGACCGAGCGCCUGUGGCGGCCUUGUGUGAUGCUGAGGCAUCAUCCUCGGCGGAGGAAGGGGACUCUGCGGAAGGAAGAUCGGCGGAGGAAGGAGACUCCACAAGUAAACAAGACGGCACCGCUGCAGGCGGGGAUGACGCCGAAGGCGAAGAGGUCGCAGGGUAUGAGGAAGACGGUUUCGAAGAAGAUGAAGAAGAAGUAGAGUCAUCUUCGAGCAGGGCCGGACCGGGGGGAAUGCAAUCGGAUGACCGGCGAUACAAGGCCGACUUUGAGAAUAAUGUUUACAUGCUGGAUUACGAUAUUUCGCCAGCCCGCAGACUAGUCAUGGAGCAGGCGCACAUAGGCACCAGGAAACGGCCAGCCACGGCACCGCCCGCGUGGCUCGAUUACGUGCGAGAGUCAAGGAUUGCCUUGAUGGCGCGUAGCUACAAGCUCCUGGAAAAGCGCGACGAAGUCCGAGAUCGCAUUUUCUCCACACCGUCGACCGGAGAGAGCACCGCGGAGAAGGCAAGACCAUUCUCGGCGCGAACGAGACCGAAAAGUGCUGCACGAAGUAGACCUUCGUGCGCCGUUCGACCGGAUAGCGCAGCCGCAAUUGUUGCGGCAGGCCCCCAGGGAGGAUCGUGCCCCGAUGCGGACGCGGGAGCCAUAUCGCAACUUGAAGGAGAACGAUACGGUGAAGUGGAGGCGACAGUGUCGCCCAAGAAAGUUGGCACGAGCCCCGCCGGAAAGCGGCCGUUCUCUGCACGUGCUGCACCGCCUACACGGCCAGUUGCGUCUUUCAAACGACAGCUUCUACGACCGUUCAGCAGCCGCAGUACGACUGGGACAGGAGGGGGACGCUUGCAGCCUACGUACGAGAAUCGUCCGCUGUCGCCUUGUGGUCUGGGCGAGCUCGUGUUUCCGCGUCGCCGUUCUCCUUCGCCGAAGCGCCAGAAGGAAGAACACUACGAUAUCGAAUCCCUGCAAGCAGAUUUUGACGACUAUGUCUACGAAGAUGUGAAUUUGCUGGACGAGGACCGGGAUUUCUCGAUUAUGCAUGCGUCGUCGAGUACUUCGCGUCCGGGGUCCUCCUCACGUCCGGGAUCCUCGUCAAGACCGGGCUCUUCCAGUCGCCCGAUUUCGGCGGCGAGUCGACCGAUUUCCAGCAGAGGAAGUUGUCCGACCUCCGCGUUGCGACCGCUGUCGGCCGUACCUCUGAGACAUGUGGACGAAAACGAAGAGCAGCCUGUAGGACUAGAUGACAGUGAAGAGGAGGCUCCACGUCAACUCGAAGCGGCACGCCAAACCACAGUUGCUGGAGGAAAGCAGAAGGGUACUAAGACUUCAAGAAGCAGGAGCGCGACGCUAAGGAGAACUACGUCAGAGGGAGGCCAACGUCGAAGACCGGCGACGGCUGGAGCGAAACCCUCGAGAAGUGCAGCUUCCUCAUCGGCAGAGGACGAAGACGGACUUGGAGAAAACGAUCGCCAAUUGGCCUUACUUGCGCCCCACCAACGAGGGGACGAGGAUCGCAUUGUAUCGAGACCACCAUCAGGGAGGCGGCGGCACACGGUUGAAAUCUUUCUGCCGUUGCCUUGUAACAAAGCACCGGAACGGAAAUCAGUAGGCGACAUGUUCAAGAAAAUGUUGGAGGGUCGAGAAGGCGGUGCAGAUGCAAAGGAUGGAACCGAACCAGCAGCAGGCGUUGAAGGAGGAGAGGCCGGAGAAGGGGGUCCGAACCUCGUGCGUCCCCCCGAUUUUUCCCCACGUGCGCAUCAGGUGGCGCAUACGUCAGGCGGCAGCCUGAUUAAGAAAUUUAACAUGCGCGACGUCGAACGAGAACUCUAUUCGAAGUUGCUAGCUAGAGGAUUGCAGUAUGAAAAGAAGAAGCCAGAGAUAUGCCCUUUCUUUGACGUUCUCCCGCCUGGGCAUGGGCGCAAGCCACUUUUCGUUUCGAAACGGCCGCGGCCGGUGAGCGCAUUCGCCGCAACAGGGCGUGGUGGCAAAGCAGGCACGCGGAACAGGUCAAGCAGCGGGGACCCGCACGCUUUGUCACCUGCUUCUCUUGCUUUUCUGUCGCAUUCGCCCGGGAAGAAGCGAGGACGGCCGCCUUCAGCGGUGCUGGCGCGGGCAACGAAGCACGACGACGCGCAGCAGGCCUAUCAGCUCGUCGCCCACGUGGUAUCGUCAGACAAAGGCGAAAAGAGCAUUCGUGUAGCGUUCCAGGAAGCGAAACAGCGAGACCCAGCGACGCUACCGGAGCUUGUUCACGGUUUGCCAGAGCUGUCUGGCGAAGCAGCGCGCGAGAGCCUUGUGCAGGAAGUCACGAACGCGGUGUUAACAAGCAGCUUAGCGCAGAACAAACUGGAUGCCGAAAGGCGAAUCGCACUGGAGGACGAGCUAGCGAGCUCAUCACCCGUGAAAAAGGUGCGUCAUCGAGGAUGCGUGGCUUGCGACAAGAAGGAGGAAGUGCUGAGCGCGUCGAAUUCGCGCGCCGCGAGUCCUCGGGCGGAAGGAGUUAGUCCGCGAAAUGCUGGCGCGACAGUAUUCUACAAUGACGGCGGCGCUGGAGACGACACUGAGGAGGUCAUGAUGCAAGAGGAAGUGGCUAGCAUCAAUGACGAGAUUCUGGGCGACGAUGUCCUUGAUACUAUUGCAGAGGAAGUUGUUGAGGGCGCUGACCAACCGUCAGAACAGCCUCCUCCUGAAGAUACAAAUAGAAGCAAUAUUAACAGUGAUGCUCAAGGAGAAGGUCGAGAACAAAGAGCUCGAGCAGAGGCCUUUGAAGAAGAUAUAGAUGAGUUUGCGUCCGUUGGGCGUCGCAGUCGAAGCAGACCCACAUCUGCGGUAAGCCGCGGGCAUAGCUCCAGCCGUGCCUACAUGCUGAGUGAGAAUAGCAGUAGCACAUCCCGGGUUGCAGUUUUUCGAAGUGACAUCGCAACAGUCGGCGGCGAAGACGAGGAUGAGUUACUAGGCGAAGACCCUCUAGACAAUCCCUUUCUGGACCGCAAAGCGGCGCUUUUGCAGACAUUUUGUAAGGCUGGCGGACGGCCGGGCACCAACGUAACGGGAGCUUUUCGGCCAGACGAAAUCAAUCAAGCAGACAUGCGCGAAAUGCGUCGCGAGCUGCGUGCACGGCGCGGCGGCUUUACAGCACUGUUGAUGCCAAAUCCAGAAGAGGAGGAGCUCCAUUACGACAAACGGCCCUUUUCACAUUUUCUACUUCUGGAUCAGCUCUUGUUAUUUUUGCUUCAGAUUACUAGCCUCCACAAGCUUCGCCCGGCUUCGGGUUUGGUUUUAGCACUUCGCCGCCCACGGGCUACAGCUAGAGACAGCUCGCGGGUUCGCUAUAGAUAGCCCACUUCGAAAAAUGGACUACGACGAGAGUGCCGGCGCUAACCGACUUAAACACAUUGACCCCGGUGCAGCUGAGUGGGCUGCCUUCGGUUUUUUAUUGGACUGCCGCGGGGGUCACGCAAAUUGUUAAAAAUUUGCAAGACCCUUCACGGCAGUCUAACAAAAAAACCCGAAGAGCACCACCGCACACGCAUAAGGACCCGCAGGCCCCCACGCUCAUAGCCGGGCCGCGGUGGCAGGCAAGAGGGGCGACCUUGGUGGGUCAAGAAAAAAGCGCAUAGGCGUGCUGGCUGGGUCUCUCAACAUACAGCUGGUAGGGCCUCUUGCUUCGUCGGGCGCCUUUGAAUGGUCGCCCGUCUUUCGUCCAAGCGCAGUGCGCUUGUCCCCCAAGGUACGCCUUUCGUCGGACUGGCGACCGGCGUCUUUCGUCGGACUGAGUUCUUUCGUCAGGCUGACGCCUUUCGUCAGGCUCUGGGCUGGCUUGACGCCUUUUGUCAGACGGGUGCCUUUCGUCAGACUGAUGCUUUUCGUCAGAUGUCUGUCGUCGGACGUCUUUUGUCGGACGUCUUUCGUCGGACGUCUUUCGCCGGACGUCUUUCGUCGGACGUCUUUCGCCGGAUGUCUUUUGUCGGACGUCUUUCGUCGGACGUCUUUCGCCGGACGUCUUUCGUCGGACGUCUUUCGCCGGAUGUCUUUUGUCGGACGUCUUUCGUCGGACGUCUUUCGUCGGACGUCUUUCGUCGGACGUCUUUCGUCGGACGUCUUUCGUCGGACGUCUUUCUUCGGUUGUCUUUCGUCGGACGUCUUUCACCGGACGUCUUUCGUCGGACGUCUUUCGCCGGACGUCUUUCGUCGGAUGUCUUUCGUGGGGUGUCUUUCGUCGGGUGUCUUUCGUCGGGUGUCUUUCGCCGGACGUCUUUCGUCGGACGUCUUUCGUCGAACGUCUUUCGUCGGGCGUCUUUCGUCGGGCGUCUUGCGUCAGAUCGACGCCCUUCGUCAGCCGUCUUGCGUCAGAGGUUGGCUUUGUCUGUCUUGCUCUCCUUUGACUUUGACAACCAGGCGUCUCGCUUUCGUCAGGUGUAUUUCGUCAGGUGUGAUCCGUCGGGCGUUUUUCGUCAGAUGUGUUUCGUCGUGUGUCUCUCCCCAGACGUGGCUCGUCAGGUGUCUGACGUCUUUCGUCUGACGUCUUUCACCUGACGUCUCUCGUCGGUCUGGCGUCUUUCGUCUGAUGUCUUUCGCCUGGUGUCUUUGUUCGUCUGGCGUCUUCCGUCUGACGUCUUGCGCCAGACGUCUUGCGCCAGACGUCUCUCGCCUGACGUCGGUCCUUCGUCAGAUGUCCUUGCUUCGCCAGGCGUGUUGCGUGAAGCCUCUCGUCCUCGUGUGAGGUGUCUUGUCUCGGCUUCGUCAGAUCGAUGUCUUUCGCCGGGUGUCUCGCGUGAAAUGUCUCGCGUCCGAUGUCUUGCGCCGGGUGUCAGUCUUUCACCGAGUGUCUUUCGUGUCGUCGGUCCGGUGUCUUUUGUCGGUCUUCUUCCGUCAGACUUCUAUGUAUCCCCGGCCCCAGCUUGCGCCCCUACCCCCGUCGGGAAUUUUUCCGGCUUCUUUUGUGAAAAUAUGCCUGGGGGCCUUCUCGUAAGUUCCCGCAAGAAAACGGUCGGAGACUAUCGGGGCUGGAGACUAUACACAAGCAAGGACCUCGAGGAAGAUGCGGACUAUCCUCCGGUGGGAUAGGCGGAGAGUUUUGUGGCGGUGGGUAGUGGGGUGAUUAGUGUAGACUGAUAAUAUUGCUACGCAUGAAGACCAAGAUCCAACCAAGUCGCUCGGUGUUCCGCAUCCCCUGGGUUGAGUCGUUUGGUUCUUCCUUUUUGGUCGGUUGGUUCAGGUUCUCCGCUUGCGUUCGUCUUUCUCUUUCUGAAUGUUCUCGCUAGGUGAUGCGAUUGCGAUCAGGCUCAAGGGUCUGGGUCUUCUGAGGAUCAAGAUCAUAGCGACCGGGACCCUUAUGCGAUGAAUGGGGGCCCCCCUAUGAUCAGGAUGAUGGAUGGCCAUUCAAGAGGGUACCAGCAUAAGGAAACGAACAGCAUGCACAUGCGCGCCAUUUGGGUUGUGGGUGUUACUCGGUAACACCACCACCACAACACCAGGGACAACUCUGCCAGGGGCAGAAUAUGACACCCGGAAGGCUUCGGCCCAUUACAGGCUUUGACUAAAAAGAUAGAUUAAUGACGUAGACUAAUGAUAUUCUUUGCCGAGUGGUAUAGGUUAACAGGAUAGAAGAUUUAGAAUGUGAAUUAAUGGCGUAGAGUAAUGAAAAUGAUGUAGAGUAAUAAUGUAGAUGAAUAAUGUAGGCUAGCAAUGUAGAUCAGUAAUGUAGCCUAAUAAUGUAGGUUGAGAAUAUAGAGUAAUAGUAUACUUUUUGCAAUGUUUUAGGACUAUCAAUUAUACUAAUUACUAACUCAGACAACUCUUUUGCGCGGCAUUCUAGUACUCGGUAUCAUCAUGAAGGACUCAGACUCACAUGUUGAACACGAUUGCUUCGUCAUCGUUCUUCUAACUCAUUCGCGCGACGAAGAGAGGAGACGACGCGGACAUCGAGUACGCGAGAAGGCAGACGUUCUGGUGGAACCAGUUGGCGGCUGCGCGGCGUCGAGCAGCGACGCAUCUUGUCAAAGUUUCCAAAGGCAUGUCCAUUACGUUAGAUCGCAAAAAAGUGCUUUCUUCCCGCACACAAAAUGCGGAUGCUUUACCCCAGGUGGGCUCCGCUCGCCGACAUGGGAGUCCCUCGUCUUCUGGCGCUGCCAGUCCUGGCAGGCUUCCUGGCGGAGGCGGCAUGAUGCCUGGCUCUUCGUUUUCAGGUAACAAAGUGUUUGAGCCACCAGGAACCAGCCGAGCAAAUGAGAGCAAACCACCAACGGUACAACUACCUGCUGUUGUGCCUGUGCCGGCUACUUCAGCGCGACCGUCAGUGAGCUUUCAGGCACCGGAUGAUGCUGCCAAUGGAACAAACUACAACAGUAUUGACGCAAGCAGCUCCUCAUCGAGAAUGUUAAUGCAGCAUCCGAGCGCAGCGUCAGCGUCUUCGCCUCGACAAACCAAGGUUAGCUUAGAAAACGAAGAUCUCGGCUAUGACUUUCUCAAGAGCAUGGCUCGCGGUGACAAAUUAUCGAGUGCAACGCUGCGAGACGCGAUUGACUCGACGCUCCACGACAUCGAAGUGAAGCAAACAGCUAGACAGGCAGAAAAUGCUUCAGCGGAUCAUGCGGGCGGUGGUGGUGAGACUGCGACAGGAUUUUCUUCAACGCAGAUGAAUUCAGCGAGUGGUAGCGCUCAUCAUGGCUCCACUUCUGCUGUCUCCAGUAAUACUGCGCAGUCCACUUUGGCGCCAGGAAUGUGUUCAGGAGUCGCAAAGCCAAAGCGCCGGCCUCCUCGAAAACAGCCUUGGUUUCAUGCCCACACCGUUUUGGCGGUCGUGAAUGAGAGGCAGGGAAAAAAUCAGCGGAUGUACUUCAGUGAGCCGAAAGAGCGGUUAGACCACAUAGUUAUGGGGCGUACUUCGUACAAUUACUACAACUUCCUGGAGAAGCAGGAGCGUCUUAGAUGGGCGAAGCCUGACUUAGACUAAAUUAAAGGUGAAGCGAUACUCUUCAUGUUGUUAGAGGCGUAUAGAGUAACAAGCAACACCAGAGAUUCCUAGAACUUUUAACUGAGCUUGGUAUUUCGGACAGACUUCGAUCAAAGAUUUACACGCAUAGAUUCCUGUAAUUUCAAAAGAGAACAAGAACCAGACACGUAAGUAACAAUCCCAAUGCAUAUGAUAGUCACAGCUAAUAUGUCGCUGGUCCAUAGACCGGCAAACAACUCCUAGUACAUAGUAUGUAAAAAAUCUUCCAAGAACCUCUACCUAUGAUUUUGCACUUUUUAGUUUUGACCCCACGAACUGACGAACAUCCAUCCUUCGAUUCUGUUAGUUUCAUAAGUAUUCCUUUUAGUGCCGCUCUAAGUGUUAAGUGGAAGCAUCGAUGCCUUCUGCAAGUAGAAGCAGUUUUCUUCUGGUACAUCAGAUCUUCUUGCCUGCCUACGAUCUUUGUUUUGCUUAACUACAGAGUCGUGGAGGUUUAUUAUGAAGUAAAAAUGCUAGUAGUGCAAGUGCAAAGUUGAAGUACUAGUGCAAUUAUAGAUAGGUAACUUUGAUCGCGUUAAACUUAAAAUUUCAACAAGCUCCGAUAUCAGCCGAGAUCGAUGCAACUUCUACAUCACAAGUGAGUAU